CGGGCGGGAUGUGCGCCCCGCUGGCCCUGCCGCCGGCCACCGACGCCCGCUACACCACCCCCUUCGGCGCGGGGGACGGGGACCUGCCGGCCUUCCCGCCCGGCACCCGGGCCGAGGUGCCCAGCCUCGACGCCACCCUGGAGUGCCGGGCGCGCACCAAUGGCUCGUGGGGAUGGAGCGCCGCCGCGCCGGGCGCCUGGCGCUGCCAGCUGGAGGGCGGCGGCUGCGAGUGGCAGUGCCAGGAGGACGGGCAGGGGCGCCCCUUCUGCACCUGCCCCGAGGGCACCGCCGUCGGGCCGGACGGGCGCGGCUGCGUCUCCCCGUGCGCCGAGCUGCGGUGCGAGCACCUGUGCCAGCCCCAGGGGGACCGCGGCCUCUGCCUGUGCGAGGAGGGCUACCGGCUGGACGCCGACGGCCGCAGCUGCGCCGACAUCGACGACUGCCGGGCCCAGCCGGGCCUCUGCAGCCAGGAGUGCGUCAACACCGCGGGGGGCUUCCGCUGCCAGUGCUUCCCCGGCUACACCCUGGUGGAGGGCAACUGCAUCAAGACGGAGAACCUCUGCUUCCGCGCCACCUGCCAGCAGGACUGCGUGGUGGUCAACGGCACCUGGCGCUGCGUCUGCUUCGACGGCUUCGCCCCGGACCCCAAGGACCCGCACCGCUGCGUCAGGCUCUGCAACCGCCCCGAGUGCCCGGCCCACUGUGACCCCCACACGGGAGACACCUGCUACUGCCCCGACGGCUACAUCCUGCAGGAGUUCGACGACGGGCGGAAGGUCUGCACGGACAUCGACGAGUGCGAACAGGACUACUGCGACGGGGAGUGCCGCAAUCUCUUCGGCGGCUAUGAGUGCGCCACCCCGAGCCCUGGCCUUGUGGACAGCGCCCCGCGGGGACCGGAGGAUGAGGGCUCGGGGGAUCCGAUGCUGUACUCCACCACCGCGACGCCCGUGCUCACGUCUGUGCCCCCGAGGGGCGGCCGCAGCCCGGGGACCCUGGUGGCCAUCAUCGUGAGCACGGUGCUCGCCUUCGUGGCGUUCGUGGCCGCGGUGGGCUGCUUGCUGAAGAGGCUGCGCUCUGCAAAGGCCGGGAUGGAUUACAAGUGCCAGCAGGUGGAGGCUGGAGUGGGGAUGGAGCAGGUGAGGCCCCAGGGCGCCUCUCACAAGCAGAAGAUGUAGGGGGAGGGGAGGGUGGAGGGUGGCAGACUUCAAUGUUCCCUCUAAGCUGUGGAGUCUUGUGAGCAACAGUUCUACUUUGUGACCGACUGGCAGUGAAGUUGUGAGCCCGCGACUCGGCGGCUGCCUAAAUCAGUUUGCUCUGGAGCCCUCCUUCCUGAGCUGAGACAGAAAUGUGUGAGCCGGAGG